AUGGUUGUCAUGCAAGAGCAACUACGUGUUGUUCGUCAAGAACGGGACGAGUAUUUGCAACAAAGAAACAAUCUCAUUGAUCAGCAAAAUCAAUCAAUGCAGGAUUGUGUAAUUGAAAAAGCUAAACCUGCAACGUCUGCUGAACAACAAGCUAGGCCAUCAAAAAGUGGUUAUAGAAGAAAUCAUGUUGACGUGCCCAGCAGCAGUGAAGAAAGUGAGUCAGAAGAACUACAACCAAAAAAAGCAAAAUUUAACCUACCUUUGAAAUUUGUACCAUCCAAAUUUUCUACGCCUUUCCAUUCUCCAAAGGCAGAACUACAAUUUAGAAUGAAGAAAAACAAAGCAUUGUUGUCUAAUGGAAAAUUGUAUACCAUCACACUUUGUGGUGUCCCUGAUCUGUUGAAGACACCGGAGCCUCAAGAACUUGGAGCUUUGGCACUUAUAGGACUGGGUCAGAAGAAGGAUAUCAGCAUUCCUGAUGGUAACGGUGAAUGUAUAUACAAAUUUGUAGCAAAGGUAGCUAUUUUUGGUUUUUAUCAAUACUUCAAUAGGAAAUAAUUUUUUUUCUCGUAUCCUUUAGACUGUUCAAGCCUCUUUUAACGUAUUUUAGUAUCGAAAAUGCGUAUUUAUCAGUAUGCAGUCCUAAACCAGGCAGUGGUGGCGGCCUCAAGCAAAAACUGUUUAUUUUUUAUCCCCUUUCUGGACCAAAUUCUGAAGAAUUCAAGGCGGUUGGAAAGAAAAUAUUUUUGGUACCAUUUAACGCCAACUUCGAUUACGUUCCCCCAAAGCCGCCGACCGUUAAAUGUAAUGUUUGCGAAGAAUUGGUUGACCCAAUGGUUAUGGCCUUGCAUAAAGCAAGUUGCGGUACGGGUGCAAAUGGCAGUGAUUUCUACUUCUACGAAGAAGAGGAGUAGUUUGUUCUAAUAUCCCAAAGGGCACAAUUAUGAAUGUAAAUCAAAAACUCCUUUCUAAGGGUUUUCCAAUGCACCCGUAAAUAUUGUUUUGUUUCCGUUCGCCAAAUCGAAAGAAAAUUCAGACUAUCACAAGUCCAUGUUUGAGUUUUUAAUCUUACAAAUCCAGAUGUGUGAUGUAACCUGAUAUAACGUGAUAUAACGUGAUAUAACGUGUGUGUUUGUUCAUUCAUGUUUAAUUUAUUUUAAAAAGAAAAUUUCAAAGCCUUACCUGACAGUGUGUACCAAUAAGCUGAUCCAGCCGGGCUGCUUCGUCGUUGGAAAGAAGACGGGAAGGAUAAUUCCUUUGAGAUCUGAAUCGCAUUGCCAUCCUGAAAUGAACUUGUUGAAUUUCGUGCUUUCUUCUUCAAUUUAUGUAGUAAUUACAUGAACUAUUAAUGUGUUGCUAGCUUCCAAGUCGGCCACAAAUGGCUGUUUACGCCCUUGUUGUAAUAUCUGGCUCAAUUUUAUAUUGAAAUGCAAUCGAGUCAUUAUCAAGAAAGAUAAGCGUUGACAUAUACGUGAUACGUCAUCUUCCAGCUACUUGUGUCAUUUUGU